GUGACGCCUCCAAAGGCCCGACUCUUUUCUAGUGAUGGCUGCGUCCUGUAGUUCUCAGUGUCUUCACCUCCGGUUCAUCUUUACGUCUAGGAAGUCGCCGAGGCAAGGACGGGGGGCGGGGGAGGGGUGUGUGACGGCGGCCGUGGAGGGUCAGUUUAAGGCGCGGCUGUGUGUGCAGCUCGCGGAGGGGCGGUCCCCGUAGGCCCGAAGCCUGGGACGGGCGGGUCUCACGGGCACCCCGCCUCCCUCUGGCGAAUGCUCUCCAAGCUUCCAUCUGCUCGCUCGCCCUCUGCAGAAGCCUCCCUAGCCGCUUUCCAGAUUCGUCUUCCAGCACAGAAGCCCGCCCCGGGCCAUCGCUCUGCAGCCGCCGCCUCCGCUGCACAGCCCAGCGAUUGUGGAGCUCGGGAACUCUGUGUAGGGACUCAGACCCCAUUCUUGAAGAAAAGAGAAAGGUAGAAAAGAUGGUGGCUGAUUGCCUGACAAAUUGUUACCAGGUCUCAGUAACUUUUGAUGAUGUGGCUGUGGACUUCACCCAAGAAGAAUGGAUUUUAUUGGAUCAAGCUCACAGAGACCUCUACAGAGAGGUGAUGCUGGAGAAUUACCAGAACCUGGCCUCAGCAGGAUGUGAGGUCAUCAAACCCAGUCUGAUCUCCUGGUUGGAAGAAGAGGAUUUGCACAGAGAAGAUCUCCAAGAAUGGGAAAUGCCACUUGGCACCCAAGAGUCACCAUUGCAUCGGGAUUUUUUGAGGGGACGGACUUCCAGUGGAAUACAAACAGGCAGAAGCCACAGUGCACGCGAACUCUGCUACUACACACAAUGUGGGGAAAUUUUCAGUGAGCACUCGUAUUUCAAGACCCAUGUGAAAACUCACAGUGCGUGGAACCCUGGACAUCUCACCCACUCAGAUCAUGAUGUGUCUGCGCAAGUGCACACCAUAAAAACGUACCCGUGUAAGAUUUGUGGGAAAGCCUUUGGACGAUCUUCAAAUCUCAAUAGACACCUGCGAAGCCACACUGGAGAAAAACCCUAUGAAUGUAAGGAGUGUGGGAAAGCCUUCACUACCUACUCAAGGCUAGUGGAACACUUUAGAACUCACACUGGAGAGAAACCAUAUAAAUGUAAGGAUUGUGGAAAAGCCUUUGCUAAGCGGUCAGGCCUUAUAACUCAUAUAUCAACCCAUGCUUCAGAGAAACCCUUUGCAUGUAAAGAGUGUGGGAAAGCCUUUGCUUCAUCCCCACGCCUUAGUCAGCAUAUAAGGAUUCACAGUGGAGAGAGACCCUACAUAUGUAAGGAAUGCGGUCGGGCCUUCCUCACGUCCUCAUACCUGCGGAACCAUGUAGGAAGAACUCACAGUGGAGAGAGACCCUAUAUAUGUGGAGAAUGUGGGAAAGCCUUCCAUUCUUACUCAAACCUACGUAGACAUGUAAGAACUCACAGUGGAGAAAGACCCUACAUAUGCAAGGAAUGUGGAAAGGCCUUCCUCAAUUCCUCAUACCUACAUAACCAUAUAAGAAAAACACACAGUGGAGAGAUGCCUCAUAUAUGUGGUGAAUGUGGGAAAGUCUUCCAUGCUUCCUCAUACCUGCGUAGACACUUAAGAACUCACAGUGGAGAGAGACCAUGCAUAUGUAAGGAAUGUGGGAAAGCCUUCCUUAACUCCUCGUACUUACGUAAGCAUCUAACCAUUCACACUGGAGACAAACCCUACGAGUGUAAGGCAUGUGGGAAAGCCUACCGUAGGUACAAUCUGCUACACGACCAUUUAAAAACUCAUGCAGUUGAGAAGCCGUUUGAGUGUGAUGUGUGUGGAAAAUCCUUUCAGUAUUUCUCAUACCUUAAUAAACACAUUCGUAUUCACACCGGAACAAAACCUUAUAAGUGUAAGUACUGUGGGAAAGAUUUCACUACUUCCUCGAGCCGAACUGAACACAUCCGCACUCACACCGGUGAGAGGCCCUAUGAGUGUACGGCAUGUGAGAAAACCUUCACUUCCUCAUCUAACCUCAUUCACCACGUAAAAAUCCACGCUAGAGAGAAGCCGUUGGUUGAGAAUCUAGGGAAGCCUACAGUAGCUUUUCCCUACUAACCGAACACUUGUAACUCACGGUGAACAGUCACUUCAGAUAGGAAGAAUACCAGAAACCCUUCACCCCUCAUGUCUUGGUUUCGUCAGACUGGGACUUACACUACUAAGAAGUCAAGGAAUGUGCAACAGCCCCCAACUGUGGCAGUUUACUCUGAAAACAUGAAAAGAACUCAUACUCAAAAUGACCUAUGAAUUUAAGGAAAGAAACAUAAUAAUCAGGAAGUAGCCCUCGCUACUUCCUAGGACCUUACUAAAUAUGUGAGACUUCACAAUGGAGGGAAGUCACUGGUGUAAGAUGCAUUGAAGGUUGUAGUUCUGUUAAGUAUUUUAAAAUCACUGUCUCAACAGUUGAGAAAACCUUCAUGAAGGUAAGGAAUGUUAGAAAGUUAACUAUGAACGCAAUUUUCAGUGUUUAGUAAGCAGUAUAAUUUAUACCCAAGAGAGAUUAACUAUAUGGAAAUUUUGUCCAUGUGUGCUGGCAGCAGUAAGGCCUGUUGAGUGAUAUUUAUUGUGAACUUUCGCCCUGAUUCCUGUCCUGAUCUAUUCCUGGAGUUAUAAUACAUUUUCUUUCCUUCAAGCAACUCCGUUUUAUGUUGGCUGCUAUAACUUCUGGAUAGUAAGCUGGUGUUAUGAGGACUUUUGAACUAUAAACAUUGUUUUAGUGUACUGUAGAUUCUGUUGUUGGCUUACCAACUAUUAAACAUACUACCCUAUAGUAGCUUACAGCAGCUGAGUUUCAUGAGAUAGUCCUCGCCGUCAUUAAAAUGUU